ACGUAAAGCAUUAUUUGUUCUGUUCAUCUUUGAAGUAAAUUAUCUUGUAUUCUACAGACUGUAUAGAGAGAGAUAAGAUGCGUUUAGACUGUAUUCUGUCCAGAAUCAGCCACCCAGUCCUACAGAAGAGGAAAGAUAAAAAACUUCAAGUUUAAUUGAUAAAAGUGAUUAAUCAAGAUGGUGGAAGAGCGUGAGUCCUGGGGGAGCCAUAUUGAAUUUUUCCUUUCCUCUCUUGGGCUUGCUGUAGGACUUGGAAACGUCUGGAGGUUUCCAUACAUAGCCUUUGAUAAUGGAGGUGGCAGCUUUCUUAUCCCUUACUGUCUGGCGUUAGUCUUUGUUGGACUACCAGCUUUCUUUAUGGAGCUUUCAGCAGGACAAUAUGCCAGGGUCGGGGCUAAUAAAGUAUGGGGGCGAAUGGCUCCUGCCUUUAAGGGUUUAGGAUAUGGAAUGAUCUUAGUCCGGUUUCUUGUAAAUAUUUAUUACGUUGUCAUCUGUGGUUGGUGCUUUAUAUAUCUAGUUGUUGGAAUGAGAACAAAUCUUCCCUGGGCAGGCUGUGGGGAUUUUGAGAGUAACACUUAUGGAUGCUACACUAAACAGCUAGAUGAAAAAUGCAGGAAAGACAAUCAGACCUACUUCAAUGGUACCUGUAUAGAAUUUGAGACUUUUUGCGAGAUCAAUAAUCAAACUUACAACAUCGGAGAGGAUGCAGAGGAUACAUGUAAUGGUAUACCUUUUGGUGAUUUGUACGAUCGGGUUAGUCCUGCCGACGACUACUACUACCGUGUAGUACUAGGAUUGAAAAAAGACUACCAAGGAACUAUUCAUACUUUUGAGGAUUAUGGAGGAUUGAAAUGGGAACUUGUAUUAGCACUAUUUGUUAGUUGGGUAAUGAUAUGUCUGAUCCUGAUAAAAGGUUUAAAGAGUCUGGGUAAAGCCUCCUACGUCAUUACAUUAUCCCCCUACGUUGUUCUUACAGCACUCCUGGCUUACGGGGCAGGAAGAGAGGGAGCAGUAGAGGGAAUAUCUCAAUUCUUCACUCCGGAUUGGAAUGUCUAUACAUCAGGGGAUUCUUAUGAGGUGUGGGCCUUAGCUGCCUCCCAGAUCCUUUUUUCCUUGUCGGUUGGGUUUGGCAGUCAGCUGGUUCUUUCCAGUUAUAACGAGGUCACAAACAACUGUCACAGGAAAUUCAUUUAAAACCUUUUCAUAGCC